GGUUGCUUAUGGCCAAUCGGGAGGAGCAGCUGUGGCGGGGGCCGAGGAGGGACAUUUUAAAAGGGCCGGAGAUUGCAGGCGUCAGUGGCCAUGGCGGAUACAGCGACCACAGCAUCGGCGGCGGCGGCUAGUGCCGCUAACACCUCGACCGAUGCACCUCCUUUCCAACUGGGCAAACCCCGCUUUCAGCAGACGUCCUUCUACGGUCGCUUCAGGCACUUCUUGGACAUCAUCGAUCCUCGAACACUCUUUGUCACUGAGAGACGUCUCAGAGAGGCUGUGCAGCUGCUGGAGGACUACAAGCAUGGGACCCUGCGCCCAGGCGUCACCAAUGAACAGCUCUGGAGUGCACAGAAAAUCAAGCAGGCUAUUCUACACCCAGAUACCAAUGAGAAGAUCUUCAUGCCCUUCAGAAUGUCAGGUUACAUUCCUUUUGGAACGCCAAUUGUAGUGGGUCUUCUCUUGCCCAACCAGACGCUGGCAUCCACUGUCUUCUGGCAGUGGCUGAACCAGAGCCAUAAUGCUUGUGUCAACUAUGCAAACCGCAAUGCCACCAAGCCUUCUCCUGCGUCCAAGUUCAUCCAGGGCUACCUGGGAGCUGUCAUUAGUGCCGUCUCCAUCGCUGUGGGCCUUAAUGUCCUGGUUCAGAAAGCCAACAAGUUCACCCCGGCCACCCGCCUUCUUGUCCAGAGAUUUGUGCCAUUCCCCGCCGUAGCCAGUGCCAACAUCUGCAACGUGGUCCUGAUGCGGUAUGGGGAGCUGGAGGAAGGCAUUGAUGUCCUGGAUGGUGACGGCAACCUCGUGGGCUCCUCCAAGAUUGCAGCCAGACACGCCCUGCUGGAGACGGCGCUGACGCGAGUGGUCCUCCCCAUGCCCAUCCUGGUGCUCCCCCCGAUCGUCAUGUCCAUGCUGGAGAAGACGGCUCUCCUGCAGGCACGGCCCCGGCUCCUCCUCCCCGUGCAAAGCCUUGUGUGCCUGGCGGCCUUUGGCCUGGCCCUGCCGCUGGCCAUCAGCCUCUUCCCGCAGAUGUCAGAGAUCGAGACAUCCCAGUUAGAGCCUGAGAUUGCCCGGGCCACGAGUAGUCGGACAGUGGUGUACAACAAGGGGCUGUGAGUGGUGGCCAGCCGGCCUGGGGCCGGAGUGUGAUCCAGGCCGGGGUUGGGGGGCGGGUAGGGGGGAGAUCGGGGGUGGGGACGGAGACUCUGGGACUGCAGCUGCAGGGAGGGGGGCAAGCUCACCCCACCGGUCCUGAGCCACCUGGGGGAGCACUGGACCCCCGCAGAGGUAGGGAAACUAAUCUAUUUACAUGUUAACACAUGGGAGAGGAAUUCUGACACAUUUCCUAUAAAAAAAAAUAAUCAAGUGCAUUUCUGGGCCUUACAUGGGUUUGUCAAAACUCUACUCAGCACAAUUAUGUGUGAAGCUGAAAAUUUGUAGAGUGUCCACGGGGUAGAUUUAGGAUCCUUUUAUACUUUGGUUUUCUUUUUUCUUUUUCUUUUUUAUCAGAAUCACGUCUGAGCCUUGGUGGCCACUGCCUGGAUGCAGCAGCUGGCCAGUGGUGGCAUAGGAGUGGGCCUGGGGGCUUGUUGGUUUGGCAGUGGGGCUGGUAGAUAGAUGCAAGAUAGUCUGGUGGCCAUGCCCUAUGGCUCCCUGGGCUCGGCUGGGCUGGGCUGGGCUGGGGACGCAGUCUGCACCUCACAGGAUGAACCAGUAUGACCGAGGUCCUCAGGAGGUGGCCGAGGGAGUCAGGGGCACUGGAGGCCUCUAAAAGAUUUUGUGGGCAGUUGGCUCUGAGUGUGGGUGGUCCUCAUCCACGCCACAACCUGCAGAACCAAUCCCUCCGCAUGAAGCCCAGUGCCAGGGGCUGGGUCACUCUUCAUAGAACCCUGCUGAUCCAUUUGAGGCCCCUGAAAUGACCCCAGCUCCAGGCAAGAAGCCCCAAGAAGGAAGGAUGUUUGGCUGGAAUUGUGGGCCUGCACUUCGACCUCUGUGGAAAGAUCCUCCUUGUAGUCACCAGGCUGGAAGUUGGGCUGAGCAGGGGUGGGAGGCUGGAGCAGGAGCCUGGCUGACUGCCGUCUGGGGGUCUGGGGGGUGGGGAGGUCUCUCCAGCCCCCACCCACAGGCUGCCUGCCCCCUCUCCCCGCUUCCUGAAUGGGAGGGUCUUCUGCCUGAGGAUGGAGGCCAGGUUUCUAGGCACCUGAGAGUCAGCCUCAAGCCAGUGAUCACAUGCCCGUGGUUGUGACACGAAUGGGCUGCUUGGAGAAGUCUGCUCCCCUCUCUGAGCCUCUACUCCCUGGCCAGAACCAGAGGACUGGAUCAAGGGGUUCCACCGGCUCUUCCCACUGGACUUCGUCUUUGCCUGUUCCACUCAGAUGCUGGUCAUCCCAGGCACAUCCCCAAUGUGGACACUGGACUGGGAAGGGGCAGGCCCCUUUGGGAAUGGCCAGCAGUUGGCCUCAGAACCUGGACCUUCACUUUCUGUAUGUGAACCCACAUCCCGGGCACACUUGACCUCUGCCAAACACUUUUCGGUUCUGAAUGGGGAGCUAGCGUGGGCAGCUGCGCCUACGUGUGGCUCCAAACCCAUGUGCCGCCUCUCCCCCUGCACUGGCCCCCUUGCUGCUGUCUCCUCCCACUGGUGGGCCAAGAAGAGGAGAGGUCUGCUGGGGCUCUGCAGAAGGAAGCAAGGCCGAGGUGGGGGUGGAUGGGGCAAACAAAGGGGAAAUGUGGGCCUCAUUGGACCCCUCAGGUGACCCCAGCUGGAACGGAGCCCUAAACACGGCAGCCCUGGGUGACUCCACCUGGGGAAAGACGUGGCUGGCAGUGAACACUGGCAGGAAAAUCUAGUGUGGGGCUUAUGGCCACGGGCCAUGGGAUGGGCCACUCUUACCAUCCUCAGUGCAGGGGUGACACCAGGUACCCCCUCAGAAGCCCUCACUGCCCUCACUCCCAGCCAGCAUGCUCUUUCUGCAGGAUGCGGCCCUGAAGGACCCCCCCUACCAUCUUGAGGAGCAGCAUCCCCUCCCUACACACACCCCCUCACCCCCAGCCAAUCAGGAAAGGGUAAAAGCAGAACCAGUAGGGAGAACAAAACAGUAGGGAAAGGUUGCACAUUGUCAGAGGAGCAAGUAUUUUUGAGCUGAUCCUGCCAUGAUAUGACUGGGCCAGUGACAGACUGGGCAUGUCUGGGUCCCCUUUUGAAAAGUUCUCUUCUAGCUCACUCUGCCUCACCUCUCAGUGUCCUGUUCUUGUGCACUUCACCUUGAGACCAAAAAUGCUCACCCCAGCCCCACUCCCACCCUCUCUGGAGGCCUGGAAGAAAUGGGAGUCUCUCUGACUCCCCCCAGUGCUGGCUGCCCUGGCACGGCCCCAUCCCAGUCCUGACCCUGUGGCCUUGGCAUCUCAUAACCAACUUACUUUGUCUCCCGGAUCAUUUUUGGCCAUGCUCCCAAAUGCAAUUUCAGAUGAGCUAAGGGGACUUCUCUUUGGGGAGGGGAUUGGCAAAGGAUCUGUAUAGCUCAGUGUGAUGGCGGAGGUCCAGUGGGCCAUGCUGCUAAGAUGAGCCUUGGCUUAACUGUGGAAAACACCACGAGGGAGAACUUUUGCCCAACAUCCAUCCCCCACUUGGCAGAGGUCAGAGAAAGGGAGGCGUCGUGGGCAAGACUGGCUCAUGACUGGGGAGGAGACUGGGCCGGGUCCCACAGCUAGGGGGGUAGCCGGCCCUGCUGUGUCAGAAUACAGGGCACCCCUGCCACCCCAGUUCUCUAGGCCGUGUACUGGCCCACCUUCUCCCGGUCACUUCUGACAUUCCCUCAGACUUCGGAUGCCCUUCUCCCAUUUCCAGAGAAUAAUCCGAUGGUGCGGGUACCAGGAGCCCAAGAUGUCUGGAUGGCAGCUGGGGCCAGGUGGCCGACAGCCCCCUUUUCUACUUUCUGACUGUGAGCCCGCUUGGUUUUGGUCCUGAGCCCCUGCAGGCCUGGGAGCAGGGUGGGGUCCUGAGGGAAGAAAAGCCAGAGGCCAAAGGCAAGGUGGUUCUCCAGCCCCGGGGCCAGGUGUGAGUGAGGCACCGGCACUCGUGCCUUAGUCACACCGAGGAGACUCUGCAGUGUCUUUUUAACCUUCUCAGAAAAUUUCUCAGUCUUUGAUUUAUGUAAUACUAAUGAACUGUGGGCAAUAAAUGAUGGAUUUAAA